UUCAGUAUAUCCUCACUUCAGACAAGCUACCAGUUUCGAGCUUCGACAGAAGAGAGAGAGAGAGAGAGAGAGUAGGUGAGAGAUGGGGAUGGUGAUAAUCGACGGCUCGGCGGUGCGCGCCUUCGUCGGCGACGAGGAGCAGUUCAAGAAGAGCGUGGACGAGCGGUUCGCCGCCCUGGACCUGAACCGGGACGGCGUCCUCUCCCGGUCGGAGCUCCGCAAGGCCUUCGAGUCGAUGCGCCUCAUCGAGUCCGACUACGGGGUGGACGUCGCCACCCCGCCGCAGGAGCUCACCCGCCUCUACGACUCCAUCUUCGAGCGCUUCGACGGCGACGGCAGCGGCGCCGUCGACCUGGAGGAGUUCCGGUCGGAGAUGCGGAAGAUCAUGCUCGCCAUCGCCGACGGCCUCGGCUCGUGCCCCAUCCAGAUGGCGAUCGAGGAGGACGACCCCAGCUUCCUCAAGCGCGCCGUCGACCUCGAGGCCUCGAAGCUCGGCGAGGCCAAGCCGUGAGGCUUCGAUCCCGGCCAGCCUCGCCGGCCGGCCGGUCGAUCGGUGAGUGAUGAAUAAGCUCCGGGAUUUGUAGCAAUGAUGAACCGGAGAAUCUGUUUUCUCCGUAGUACCCGUUUAUUACGGUUCGGGUCGGGUCUUGUGUUCGCUCGUGUAUGUGCUAAUAUUCGUGAAGCAUAUUUCUAUAGAAUAUCGAUAUUAUAUAAUAUGAGAAAAAUUAGAUCGA